AUGACCAUCCCCGAGGAGGUUGAUAUCAUCAUCUGCGGUGGUGGCAGUGCUGGCUGCGUUCCAGCCGGCCGUCUUGCCAACCUCGAUCACAAUCUUUCAGUCCUGUUGAUCGAGGCAGGCGAAGACAACCUCAACAAUCCCUGGGUUUACCGUCCGGGAAUCUAUCCCCGGAACAUGAAACUUGAUUCGAAGACUGCAUCCUUCUAUUAUUCUCGGCCCUCGGAAUGGCUUGAUGGACGCAGGGCAAUUGUUCCGUGCGCCCAUGUGCUUGGAGGAGGCAGCUCUAUCAAUUUCAUGGUACACACGCGCUACCGCAAUAUGUACACCCGUGCGUCUGCCUCCGACUAUGAUGAUUUCCAGGCAAAGGGCUGGACGACCAAGGAGCUCAUCCCCCUGAUGAAGAAACAUGAAACGUACCAGAGAGCGUGCAACAACAGGGACAUACACGGGUUCGAAGGUCCUAUCAAGGUCUCGUUUGGAAAUCAUACGUAUCCCAUCAUGCAGGACUUCCUGCGUGCUGCCGAAUCCCAGGACAUUCCUAUUACAGAUGACCUGCAGGAUUUGAAAACAGGACAUGGUGCCGAACAUUGGCUGAAAUGGAUCAACCGUGACACCGGCCGUCGCAGUGAUGCCGCUCAUGCCUACGUCCACAGCACUCGGAGCAAGUAUACCAACCUCCACCUCAAAUGCAACACCAAAGUGGACAAGGUCAUCAUCGAGAACGGCAGAGCAGUGGGCGUCGUCACCGUGCCAACAAAGCACCUUGGUGAAGGCGAGCCUCCGCGCAGGGUCUUCCGGGCUCGUAAGCAGAUCAUUGUCAGCGCUGGCACGCUAAGCUCUCCGCUCAUCCUUCAACGCUCUGGGAUCGGGGACCCCGAGAAGCUUCGCCGUGCAGGCAUCAGGCCGAUCGUCGACCUGCCCGGUGUGGGACUCAACUUCCAGGAUCAUUACCUGACUUUCUCCGUGUACAGAGCAAAGCCAGAUGUGGAGUCCUUUGAUGAUUUUCUCCGUGGAGACCCGGAAGUCCAGAAGAAGGUGUUUGAGGAGUGGAAUUUGAAGGGCACUGGACCUCUCGCCACAAACGGCAUUGAUGCCGGUGUGAAGAUCCGGCCUACGCAGGAAGAACUGAACGAGAUGCAAAAAUGGCCCACGCCCGAAUUCAACAGUGGGUGGGAGAGCUACUUCAAGAACAAGCCUGACAAGCCAGUCAUGCAUUACUCGGUUAUCUCUGGCUGGUUUGGUGACCACAUGCUCAUGCCUCCUGGCAAAUUCUUCACCAUGUUUCACUUCUUGGAGUACCCUUUCUCUCGAGGCUCAACACACGUUCGAUCUGCCGACCCAUACGAUACUCCAGAUUUUGACGCCGGGUUUAUGAAUGACAAGCGCGACAUGGCGCCCAUGGUCUGGGGAUAUAUCAAGUCCCGAGAGACCGCUCGACGCAUGAACGCGUAUGCAGGCGAAGUGACGGGAAUGCAUCCGCAUUUCUCGUACGAUUCUCCUGCUCGUGCAUUCGAUUUGGAUCUGGCAACCACAAAAGCAUAUGCCGGUCCGAAUCAUCUCAGCGCCGGUAUUCAGCAUGGGUCGUGGUCCCAGCCUCUCGAGCCUGGGAAAUCCCCAGCUGCCAAUUUCCUUAACUCCAAUCAGCAGGACACGCGCGAGUCCCUCAAUUAUAGCAAGGAAGAUAUCGAGCACAUUGAGAAAUGGGUUCAACGCCACGUCGAAACAACCUGGCACUCGCUAGGAACCUGCAGCAUGGCACCACGUGAAGGCAACUCUAUAGUCAAACACGGUGUCGUUGAUGAGCGUCUCAAUGUCCACGGUGUCAAGGGUCUGAAGGUUUGCGACUUGUCGAUCUGUCCAGACAACGUGGGCUGCAAUACCUUUAGUACUGCUCUACUCAUCGGAGAGAAAUGCGCCGUCCUCACUGCGGAGGAUCUGGGAUACUCGGGCGAUGCUCUGGACAUGAAGGUUCCGACCUACCAUGCCCCCGGCGAAGUUGUGAACCUGGCCAGACUGUGA